ACAACAAGGAAAACAUCAAAUCCAUCACCUACUAUCAUCAAACUUGAAGUACAUGACAUAGACUAAAAAAAGAUGUCAUGCAAAUUCACUACACACUUAUAAAUUCUCACUAUCAAUUGUAACAUUUCUCAAGGACUAAAACCAAAAAAAGAGCAAUUUCUCGUUCUAUCUCGUAGUAUCCAUUCACUCGAAACUGCUCGGCCUCGGUUUCUAAUUUCCAUAAGCGAGAACGAGCUUUUCGAGUUGUUCAAAUGGUUAAUUUAGCUCAAGUUCUUGGAUUUUUUAUCCUUGGAAUUGUUGUAUCUGUGGCUUCAGCUGGAGAAUCAGUAGUAACAUAUGUAUUUGGGGACUCAUUGACAGAAGUUGGGAACAACAAUUAUUUGCAAUCUCUAGCCAAAUCUAAUUACCCUUUUUAUGGAAUUGAUUAUGAAGGUGGAAAAGCUACUGGUAGAUUCACUAAUGGAAGGACAAUUGGUGAUAUCAUAUCUGCAAAACUUGGGAUUCAAUCACCACCCCCAUAUCUUUCUUUAGCACCAAAUGACGAUGCAAUCUUGAAAGGGGUGAAUUAUGCAUCUGGUGGAGCUGGAAUUCUCAAUGACACUGGACUCUAUUUUAUUCAGAGAAUGACAUUUGAUGAUCAAAUAAAGAGCUUUGAGAAGACAAAGGAAGCAAUCAAGUCUAAAAUUGGAGAAGAAGCUGCAGAAAAACAUGUUAAUGAAGCUGUCUACUUCAUUGGAAUGGGUAGCAAUGACUAUGUCAACAAUUUCCUGCAACCCUUUUUAGCAGCUGGGCAACAGUACACACACGACGAAUUCGUAGAGCUCCUAACCUCAACCUUAGGUGAACAAUUCACAAGUCUUCAUCAACUUGGAGCAAGAAAGAUGGUGUUUCAUGGGCUUGCACCAUUAGGUUGCAUUCCUUCACAGAGGGUGAAAUCCACAAGAGGAAUAUGCUUGAAACAUGUGAAUCUAUGGGUGCAAGAAUUCAACUCAAAAGUGAAACAAUUGGCUGCCACUUUGAAUAAGCAACUCCCAUAUGCACAAAUAUCAUUUGCAGACACUUAUCCAAUAGUUCUAGACUUGAUUGAGAACCCCACUGCUUAUGGUUUCAAGAUUUCGAACACAUCUUGUUGUAAUGUGGACACAAGUAUUGGAGGGUUAUGUUUGCCAAACUCAAAGCUGUGCAAGAAUCGAAGAGAGUAUGUUUUUUGGGAUGCAUUUCAUCCAACAGAUGCAGCAAAUCAAGUGCUUGCAGAUAGAAUUUUUUCCUCCCUAUCUCAUCAGGCCUCUAGCCCUGCACCAGCACCUUCUAUUCGAAAGUUUCUUUCAGUGAGAACAUAAUGAAAUCCCAUGCUAUAGACUGAUAUUUUAUGUUGGAGUAACAAAAAAUACGUAUUCAGUUUGUCAUAAGAAAUUGUAGCUUUAUUGAGAGAUUAUACUAAAAAGCACUAAAUUAUUAUUGCCUUGUGAAUUUCGUUUAUAAAUUAUUGUGUGUCACAUUACUUUCUUGGCCUUGGCAUUACACGUGGAAGUAUGGAACUAUUGUGAAUUU